AUGCCGUGUCUGCGUCGCGCCUUUUCCUGCAUUCUUGUGGCUCCUUGGCUCCCACUCAUUCCUCCAGGCUUCUCUUCAAGCUUCAGGCUUCACCUCCUCUUUUCCAAUCCCUCCACCCGAUCGACAAAGGGGUCCGUAUUCGCUGCUUAG